CUGUUUUAUUAUUAUUGGUUCUUUCAGUAAAGUCACGUAGAAGGGGACAAUAAAAUAAUACAAAGAAAGGUUAAAACGUAUUGUUAUAUCCCACGGGGGUGAUUGACCACCUGGUGAAUAUGCAGAAGCUGUAUUUGCAUGGAAACCAACUGUCUGCUUUACCCUCCGGGGUAUUUGACAAACUGACUCAACUAACUAUCUUGAGUCUGUACGACAACCAACUCUCGGCUCUGCCCGCCGGGGUGUUUGACCGCCUCAUAAAUCUGAAGGAGCUGUAUUUUUCUAAUAACCAGCUGACAUCUCUCCCCGCCGGGUGUUUUGACAAACUCACCAAGCUCAUGACUCUGAGUCUGCACAAACAGCAUCUGAAGAACGUCCCUGACAGCCUUUAUAUCGACAUCAUCGUGCAGCACUGUGGACAAUUAAACAGUGAUGCUAGGAACAUGGACACGUUCGCGUGUUUACAUUCACUGUGCUAUAGUCUUCAUAUAACAGCGGAGCGCGAGUGUCUAACCAUUGAGGAACUCGCGUCUCUCCCCGUCGGGGUGUUUGACCGUCUGGCUCAGCUGACAGGACUAGAUUUAAGCCACAACCAGUUCACAGCUCUCCCCGCUCAGGUGUUUGACCGCCUGGUGAAUCUGCAGCUGUUGCAUUUAAACAACAACCAGCUGAAAAGUGUUCCCAGGGACAGGUUUGACAAACGGAGCCAGUACUACCAGCAACGGUCUCUGCUUGUUCGCUAAGCACUUAGGUAGAGAUGACACUCGGCACGAGUAGCGUUCAGGUUAUAAAGCUACCGCGUUAUUGACAUCCACAGUCAUCACCAUCGUCAUGGUGUAAUCUGCAGUGUCACUGAGCAUGAGUGAAUAAUAAAUGGUGAAUCGUGUGAAUUAUGAGAGCUGAUAUUGCCCAGCGACAAAGCAGAGCCCGUUUCUGGCAGUGCUAGCUCCGUUUGUCAAACGCACCCCUGGGAACGCUCGUCAACUGGUUGUUAUACAAAUGCAGAUGCUGCAGAUUCACCAGGCGGCUAAUCACCCAAGUGAAGGGAGAGGCAAGUUCCUCACUGCGCAUGAACCUCAGACACUCGCUAUCUGCUGGUCUACGAAGACUCUAGCAAAGUCAAUGUAAAGUCAACGACCACAAAGAGCACUGGUUACAUUUUAUUCACCGAUCCAGCUUGUCAGUGGAUUGGCAUUGUUAAAAAAAUAUACAAUUAAUUAUCCUCUUGUCUAUCCAUAUUUUACGACACUAUUGAACAACAAAUAAUGGUCUAACUUAGGUCAAAUAGACGAAGGUAAUGACGAAAUGAAGUACACGGCUCAAACUGGACUUCACUUCCACGAAGAUGUAGACAAUCGUUAAUAGCACUGCCUUAGAGUGAAAAUAUAUGAAAGCGACGUUGCAGGCACCUACAUUUACGUGCUAUGAAGAAUGGUCGUCGCCCGAAACGUCACCUGCUAUAUAGUUUCCCUUUAUGGUGGUGUGUGUUUUGUUGAGUUUAUUUUGCUAUCUGUGCUUGUGCACCACUGCCUGCCAGAGCAGUAUUCAGUAAUCUGUAAAGUUCCACAAGCUGCCAUCGACUCAACUUAGGCUGUCACCUCAGGAACACUUUCAGACGGAAUGAAUACCAACCCUGACCUGGCUGGUGAGUCUACGCGACCUUAACCUGGGUGAGUCCAAAUUAACGGAGCUGCCCAUAGGAGCAGAAAAGUUGCCUACACUGGCUGACUUACGUGUGGACCUAAACCAGUGGAAGAGCAUUAACGGGAGAACAGUGAGCUAUUUCAAUUGUGGAUUGUAUACAUAUGUCGUCAGCUACAUAAUGCACGAUUGUGGCCUUGUCCAUAAUAAUUGUCUCCACUCUCUUUUUUUGCGGAACUUGGACCCCCCUAAUAGAAAUGUGUGCCGGUUUGAAACUUUAACGAUGGCCUGUAAUGAUUACAAUAAUGCAAUUACUACUUUAGUAACUGGGGUGCUGCUGUAACGUAGUGGUCCACACACUGGACUUGCAAACCCAAGGUCGCCGGUGCAGUCUCUCGGUGCGGCAAUCAAAACCAUGGUGCACGUUUCUU